AUGGGACUCAGCUUCGGAGGUGGCAUGAUACAUUCAAAGACUGGCCUAAUAGACUGGCCUAAUAGACUGGCUGCUAAGGCCCAUUUAACGGAGGUAGAUGAAAAUCAGUUGGAUUGCGAUCGAUCUUUAAGUAGACCAUCCACUAGCGUGGGCCCUAGCAAGACACUAUGGCAGACGAAUGUCAAAGACGCACACAGUCAUCUCGGAAAAUAUGAAAAGGUUAUCCUCGAGAACAAGACAAGUUGUCUGGCCAAAACCGGUCCACACCAAUUAGCAGAACUUGAAAUAGCAAUUGGACGCCGAGCAGACAGAACAGCCAUGGAAACGAAAUUGCGCAAGCUCACAAGGGACAAAAAACACAAUUGGGACACUUGGAUUGAAAUCCUAUCUGGCCGCCACACAGCUGGGAUACUUGGAUCGAAAUCUUAUCUGGCCGCCAAUUCAGCAGAACCUAACAAGAACUUCUAA